AGACGCCCUUCGUUUCCGUCUUACCUUUACUUAUCGUCCACGUCCUCACCACCAUAUCCAUCAUGUCCAGAAUUAUCACCCUCGACGAGCUGAAGGCAAACACAAAAAAGGACAGCUUCUACGUCCUCCUCCACGAAAAGGUUUACGACGUCUCAAAAUUCAUUGAUGAGCACCCAGGAGGCGACGAGGUCAUUUUGUCGGAGGGUGGUCAGGAUGCCACUGAGGCUUUCGAGGAUGUCGGCCACUCCGACGAGGCGCGUGCCCUCCUCCCGGACAUGUUUGUUGGUGACUUCGAGAAGGGCAGUGACCUCAAGACUAAAUCUGCGGUCCGCAACGCUCCCUCGGACAACAAAGUUAGCACUGCUGUCGAGCAGGGUUCGAACUUGAUGUACUUUGUGCCUCUGGGUCUCUUAGGCGCGUACUUUGCAUGGCGUUUUUACGGUGCAUGAGCAUCUUUUAAGCUCAACCACACCUGCUAACUUUGGCCUACGACGUACUCAUCUAUAUAUCACCCAUUUCCCACUCUUAAACUACCCUUACUCUUGCACGAUAUGACUCGAUACUUCUUGAGGCUUUUGCCCACCAUGUUGCUUAACUUUAUCGCCUUUUAUCGCUGGAUAUAUAGAAGUUUUUAUAGCGCCGUAUACUGAGAUGCACGGUGUAGGUUAAUUAAUGCUACUGUCAAAGUUGUUGUGCAAUCGACUUUUACUGCUAUGAUACAGUGUUCCGCUU